GCUGGAAUCAGGAAAAGACAGUUGACGUUGUUAGGCCUUGCUAGAUGAUUGGCGAGGUAAGAUGGCGGCGCCAGAGGAGCCAGAAUUAUCCCAGGCGCAGACUGAAAAACUCCUCCAAUUUCAGGAUUUAACCGGUUUGGAAUCAAUGGACCAAUGUCGUCGAACAUUAGAGCAGCACAAUUGGAACAUAGAGGCUGCAGUACAAGACAGGCUUAACGAGCAGGAAGGAGUGCCCAGUGUGUUUAACCCUCCACCAUCCAGACCACUUCAGGUCAAUACAGCAGAUCAUAGAGUAUAUAGUUACAUCGUGUCAAGGCCACAACCCAGGGGGUUACUAGGAUGGAGUUACUAUUUGAUAAUGCUACCUUUCAGAUUUACAUAUUACACACUUCUGGACAUAUUCAGGCUCGCCCUGCGGUUCAUCAGGCCUGAUCCUCGUGGUCGUGUGACAGACCCCGUUGGAGACGUUGUGUCUUUCAUUCAUAGUUUUGAGGAGAAGUAUGGGCAGGCACACCCUGUCUUUUACCAGGGAACAUACAGCCAGGCACUGAAUGAUGCCAAAAGGGAGCUCCGCUACCUAUUAGUGUACCUUCACGGAGACGAUCAUCAAGACACUGACGAGUUUUGCCGCUCCACAUUAUGUACAGAAGAGGUCAUUACCUUCCUCAACACACGAAUGCUCUUUUGGGCAUGUUCAACAAGCAAGCCCGAGGGCUACAGAGUGUCCCAAGCGUUGCGGGAGAACACCUACCCGUUCCUGGCCAUGAUAAUGCUGAAAGAUCGCAAGAUGACAGUGGUGGGCAGGCUCGAGGGUCUCAUUCAGCCAGAGGACCUUAUCAACCAGCUGACAUUCAUCAUGGAUGCUAACCAAACAUAUCUAAUGUCAGAGCGCCUUGAACGCGAGGAGAGGAACCAGACCCAAGUGCUAAGGCAGCAGCAGGAUGAGGCCUAUCUGGCUUCGCUCCGUGCCGACCAGGAGAAGGAACGAAAGAAAAGGGAGGAGCAGGAGCAGAAGAGGCAAGAGGAGGAGAAGGUCCGACAGAGUGCUCUUGCUGAAGAGCGGAGACGACGAACACUUGAAGAGGAGAAGGAGAGGAAGUCGGAAUGUCUUCCUCCAGAGCCUCUUGCAGAUGAUCCUGAAAGUGUCAAAAUAGUGUUCAAGCUGCCCAACGAUACACGAGUAGAGAGGCGAUUCCUGUUUGGUCAGUCUCUGACGGUAAUACACGAUUUCCUAUUCUCUUUGAAAGAAACUCCAGAGAAGUUUCAGAUAGUUACAAACUUCCCUCGCCGAGUCUUGCCCUGCCUUCCCACUGAAGAGCAGCCCAACCCACCCACGCUGAAAGAGGCAGGACUCAGCCGCUCCGAGGUGCUUUUUGUUCAGGACCUUACGGACGAUUAAUAGAUAACAUACCUCUUCUACAGCGAGGAAACAUUUUCCUCUGACACCAACCCAUCCUUUUUUUUUCUUUUUUCUUAUUUUGUUCAAUGGCCAUUAUGCAUAAGGGAUCAUUGAGAUAAAACCCUAACCUGGAAAAAAAAUUAAACCACCCUACAUCUAGUCCUUGUUUGGUUGUGUUUACAGGGUUCCCAAUAGCCUGGAAAGUCUUGAAUUUUAUCAAAUAAAUAUUUCUUGAAGUCCUUCCUUGAGCUCA